GUGAGCUGGGGGCACCCAUUUGGCACGGGAGAGGGAGAGACGAGAGAUCUUUUUAUCAUCCAUAGUUUUUAUUUUGCUGGGAGUGGCUGCUAACCGAGCAUGAGUUUCGAUCUCGUACACAGUUGCUCCACCCGAGCGUUUAUCUUUUUGAUAUUUUCGGGUGAUUUUUUUUUUGUGGUUUUUCGUUCUUGCGACUUGGCUGCGAUUUAUGUCGGAUUUCUUGAGGGGUUUUGUUGCUUGGAUAUGUGAAAAUACAUCUGUGUCAUCAAUUGAUCUAAUCCUCUCGCAAGCAUCUUCGAUUUCGGGUUUUUCCCCCCCGAUUUGUUCUUCAUCUAGGGUUCCACGAGAUCUCUGAAUUUGAAGUUAAAGGCUUAUCUUUUCAGGUGCUUUCGGUUGGAAUAGCUUGCGCAUGAAUCCGUGAGGCUGUGGUUCAAAUCUUGUGUGAAUCCGAGCUGUUUUGAUCGAGUUCUUGGUUUUCGAAGGGAGGCUCGAGGUGCUGUUCCUGUUCGAAGCGAGGGUAGUCAGCUGGGAUUCUUGUGUGCUGCCCUGUGCUCGAUCUUUUCUCCCAGGCGGUCAGCAUCUGCAGCAACAAGCUUUCUUUCCUUGAUCGAUUUUGCAUGUUGCAACUCUGGGUUUCGCUCGGUUGCUGUUUUGGUCUGCAGGUCAUCGAUCCUUGCGGUGCAGUGCUUGGUUCUUCCGACGCAUCAGCUAGCCUGUCGAUCUUUGCACUUGAGUUUCCAUCGAUUCAGACGGGCGGCAGCAGCUCAAGCUUUGCCUUUUCUCUCUGCCCGCUGCAGCAGCUCUUGGCUCUCUGCUAUUUUCUUCGUGAUUCAUUUUUCAGCUGUUCAGAGCAGCAGCAGGGUUUGUCUUUUGCUUUAUCGUUUAGCCAAAGCAGUAGCUCAGUUGCUUCGGUUGUUUGACAUUUUUGACGAUCAAUUUUCUGCAGCUGCUAGCUUUCGAUCCUCUCUGUUUUUCUUCUGCAGGUGCAGGUGGACAGUAGGGGAAGUUCGGUUCUUUGCAGGUAAUUAAGCAGCUUAGGAGGUCAUUAGCAAGAUGCACUGUCACUUUCAUGCUACAGUGAUACAGCUAUUGAUUCAAUUGUUUAAUCAUUGUUUGCUUUGGCUGGUCGGUUGAGUACUUUCAUGAGAUGAUCUUUGAGCUCCUGUGUGUGACCUAUAGCAUGUUUAUUUGAACAGUGAAGUAAAGCUUUGCUCUGAGCAUUUAGCAAUUUGUCAAGUUCUUUUCAUGGAUGCAUGUGUUGGUCGGCAGCAAGUUAAUUGUUUUUAUCUCUAGCUGUUUCAUUUGACCUCCUGGACCUUGUCUCGAUAUGUAUGGAUGGAUACUGUAGCAUUGCUAGUUAGAUCAGUUUUUUAAGUGCUUUAUCAAUCUGUCAGGAACUUGUAGUGGCUGCACUUAAUCUCUUGUGGUUGUGGUUGUGCUUAAUCCAUACUGUAGCAUGCUUAGUAGUCUCUUGUGCAAACUUUUCAGAGUCUCGUUUUGCAUUUGCUUCCACUACACUUUAAGUGUUUAUAAUCUUGAGCUUGUCACGAGUUACGAGUUAACUAGUGUCAUCUUGGCGAUUAGAAGCGAUGUGUAUUUGGGGUGGCAAUCGGGAUAUAACCCUUAUUCUCAGAGAUAAUUUUUAAAGGUUCUCAUUGAUCCCCCUCUGGUCAUGUGUCCCGGUCCCAUCCCAGUCCUUCAGUUAGUAAGAUGGUUUUUCCGUCAAUUGGAAUCUCAGGUUUUGUUUCAGCGAAUUGAUAGAAAAAAAAACUAAUUCUAAUUUUGGCCGGGAAUAAAAGAACUCAUCAAAAUUGAAUGAAGAAUCGAACAAAUCUAGAAUGUAGAAAGUAGAACAGCUUUUUCCAGUGCUACCAAACGAAGCCGAUGAUUAUGGUGUUUGCUGCCGAACGUCUCCUCUACUUCGCGAGCAUGACCCUUGAAAUUUGUCACGGUGCCAGCUCCGUCUUUCACGUUAGCGUGAUACUGACUGAGUCACACUGGCAUCACCCUCAAAAAGUAGCGCUAACCAAUCACCGCAUCUCUGAGUUUGACGAGGGAGCAAGAGGUGACACGCAUCAACAUUUACCAAACCCACCUGCCUGUCAACAGAAGCGGUAACACACGGGGCAUUUCUUGGGUUUCCACUAACACACCCACUUCUCCAAUCGUUUGAGUCCCCCUGGAGUGGCUGGUAAGAAUCAUGGAAAAUUUCACGGGCCCGGGCCAAUCUGUUGCCAGUCCAAGCGCGAUUGGAAAAGUAACGGGGCACCACGCGCACGGGGGACUAGUCGUCCACGAUGGCGACCGGAGUGCAAGGAAUUCCUUGCGCCCCGCCUACAGAAACGAAAGAUAUCGCGCCCCCCUGCCCCCACAACCCGAGCGAGUCAAGGGUCAAGCGAAAAGCCCCGGCUCCGGCAAAGGAUCCCGACGAAUGCAAGCCGCCGCCCACGAUUGACGAUUCCGCCGCUCGCGACAACCGCCGAACAUAAACCCAGGUGACUAUUGCGGCUGCGGCAGCCUCGCCCUCGCCGCUCGCGCAUAUAUCACUCUGACAAUCUCUCCCAACAAAACCCGCAUCAGCCUGCAACUUGCUCAGCCACCACCACCACCAACCCAGCCCAGGCGCGCGCGUGCCGGGCCUAUCCACAUCGCUAGCCAUGGCGAGAACGCCGCGGCUGCUGCCCGCGCUAGGCGCGCUGCCGCUCCUGCUGUGCCUGUGCACGCUCCCGGCCCCGGCGCGGUCCCAGAACGCGACCGCGCCGGCGCCGGCGUCCGUCCAGGGGUUCAACUGCUCCAGGAACAGCACGUACCCGUGCCAGGCGUACGCGCUCUACCGCGCCGGCUUCGCGGGGGUGCCGCUCGAAUUCGCGGCCAUCGGCGACCUCUUCGGCGUCAGCCGCUUCAUGGUCGCGCACGCCAACAACCUCUCUACCUCGGCCGCGCCGGCGAACGGGCAGCCGCUGCUCGUGCCGCUCCAGUGCGGCUGCCCCUCCCGGUCGCCCAACGCCUACGCGCCGACGCAGUACCAGAUCACCCCGGGGGACACCUACUGGAUCAUCUCCACCACCAAGCUGCAGAAUCUCACGCAGUACCAGGCGGUGGAGCGCGUGAACCCGACGCUGGUGCCCACCAACCUCGACGUCGGCGUCAUGGUCACGUUCCCCGUCUUCUGCCAGUGCCCGGCUGUCACCGACAACGCCACGGCGCUCGUCACCUACGUCAUGCAGCCGGGCGACACCUACGCGACAAUCGCCGCCGCCUUCGCCGUCGACUCCCAGUCGCUCGUCUCCCUCAACGGGCCCGAGCCGAGGACGCAGCAGUUCGCGGAGAUACUAGUGCCGCUCCGCCGGCCGGUUUCUGAUUUUCUGCCCCCAAUCGUGCGAGUAAACAACGCCUCGGUGAAGCCGGCUUCCCCGCCGCCGUCCGCUUCCCCCAACACGACCGUCGUGAGCAACGACCGGAACGGGGUGGUCACCGGGCUGGCCGUCGGGCUGGGCGUCGUCGGCGCGCUCUGGCUGCUGCAGAUGCUGCUGCUGGCCUGCCUGUGCAGACGGCUCAAGGCGAAGGGACGACGAGGGGACGCGGUGGUGAACGGCGACGGCGUCGAGGGCGGCAGGUUCGCCAAGAGCUCGUCCGGCGGUGGCGGGGAGAGGUUCCUGGUCAGCGACAUAUCGGAGUGGCUGGACAAGUACAGGGUGUUCAAGAUCGAGGAGCUGGAGCGCGGCACGGGGGGAUUCGACGACGCGCACCUCAUCAACGGCAGCGUGUACAAGGCCAACAUCGACGGCGAGGUGUUCGCGGUGAAGAAGAUGAAGUGGGACGCCUGCGAGGAGCUCAAGAUCCUGCAGAAGGUGAACCACAGCAACCUGGUGAAGCUGGAGGGCUUCUGCAUCAACUCGUCGACGGGCGACUGCUACCUGGUGUACGAGUACGUGGAGAACGGCUCGCUGGACCUGUGGCUCCUUGACCGCGACCGCGCGCGGCGCCUGGACUGGCGCGCGCGCCUCCACAUCGCGUUGGACCUCGCCCAAGGCCUGCAGUACAUCCACGAGCACACCUGGCCUCGCGUGGUGCACAAGGACAUCAAGAGCAGCAACGUCCUACUGGACGCCCGCAUGCGCGCCAAGAUCGCCAACUUCGGUCUCGCCAAGACGGGCCACAACGCCGUCACCACCCACAUCGUCGGCACCCAGGGGUACAUCGCGCCUGAGUACCUCGCCGACGGCCUCGUCACCACCAAGAUGGACGUGUUCGCCUACGGGGUCGUCCUGCUCGAGCUCGUGUCCGGGCGCGAGGCCGCCGACGAGGGCGGCGAGCCGCUGUGGGCGGACGCGGAGGACAGGGUGUUCCGGGGACGGGACGAGAGGCUGGAGGCCCGCGUGGCGGCGUGGAUGGACCCGGCGCUCAAGGAGCAGACGUGCCCGCCGGGGAGCGUCGCGAGCGUGGUCAGCGUGGCCAGGGCGUGCCUGCACAAGGACCCGUCCAAGCGGCCCAGCAUGGUGGACGUGGCUUACACGCUGUCCAAGGCGGACGAGCACUUCGCCGACUACUCCGGCGAGAGUGUGUCCGUUGACGGUAGCGGCGAAAUCGCUGCCCGGUGAACCAUCCUUUGGUUUGGUUAGUACUCGGUAGUAAUACUUUUUAGCCAUCAGUUCGCGUUGUAAAUGUUAAGGUCUAGCGAGCGGACGGUGAGUGAGCAGUGAGUAAUAACGCCGGCACUAUGACGGCCGCGAUCAAUCGGCUUGAGGUGUACCCUUGUUAAAGCUGUGUAAUUACGCAGAUGAGGAUCAAUCGUAGCAAAUAAAGUUACGACUAGCAGCAAUUUGUGGCUUUGGUUUA